UGUCCAAUCACAGCUGAUCACAUGUAAACAGGGAAAUGCCGAGAAGAGGAGUGUCCAUCAGUGCCUUGUAUCAGUGCUCAUCAGUGCCUUGUGCCAGUGCCCCAUCAAUGCCACAUAUCAGUGCCUACCAGUGCACAUCAAAUGCCACAUAUCAGUGCCCAUCUGAGCAGCCUUUCAGUGUCACCCAUCAGUACCACCUAUCAAUGCCAAUCAGUGCUGCCAAUCAGUGCCAUCUAUCAGUGCCAGUCAGUGCCGCCUAUCAGUGCCGCCUAUCAGUGCCAGUCAGUGCCGCCUAUCAGUGCCAGUCAGUGCCGCCUAUCAGUGCCAGUCAGUGCUGCCUAUCAGUGCCAGUCAGUGCUGCCUAUCAGUGCCAGUCAGUG